GGAUCAUGGCUGUCAUCACGGAAAACAUCCCAAAACAGUCAGGCAAGCCAACAGAGUGUCCAUAGCCACUUCCACCCUGCGCUUGCUCCUGUCCUCUCCACCUUACAGAACUUUGUCAGCACAAAAAGAUCUUCAGCAGAUGUGUCUCAGAGAAACUCAGUAGGAGCUGAUAUGGGCCCAAGGACUGUGGAGAUAACAAGGGGCCCAAAUGAUGCACUUGGUAUCAGUAUAGCAGGAGGGAAGGGAAGUCCAUUGGGAGAUAUUCCCAUCUUCAUUGCUAUGAUUCAAGCCAGUGGUGUGGCCGCACGGACCCAAAGACUCAGAGUUGGAGAUCGGAUUGUCAGUAUUAAUGGGCAACCUUUGGAUGGGCUGUCUCAUGCAGAUGCAGUUAAUCUACUAAAGAAUGCUUAUGGGAGCAUUAUCCUGCAGGUUGUGGCUGAUACCAACAUCAGUGCCAUUGCCACCCAACUGGAGAGCAUGUCCACAGGAUGCAACCUGAACUCGUCCUCUGAGCAUCCUUCGGAAGAUCCCGAAGCACCUCAGCCUAAGAUUAUUACUUUGGAGAAAGGCUCUGAUGGACUGGGAUUUAGUAUUGUAGGGGGGUAUGGAAGUCCCCAUGGAGACCUGCCCAUUUAUGUCAAGACUAUAUUUGCCAAGGGAGCAGCUGCGGACGACGGCAGACUGAAGCGCGGCGACCAGAUCGUGGCCGUUAACGGGGAAAUUUUGGAAGGUGUCACCCAUGAACAAGCUGUAGCUAUUCUGAAGCGCCAGAAAGGAACUGUGACACUAACGGUGUUGUCAUGAAUGUCAUUGUGCUCACAGAGAUAAAUGCAAUUAUUUUAGAACAUCAGUAGAGCUAUAAUAAUCCUGCUCAGCCCCGAGCAGGAUGCAAAGCAAACCCUGGCACGAAUGAAUCAGUAUUCGUCCUAUUACCAGGCAGGGUAGUGUGCAUCUCCAGCUUCAUUUAGCCUCCCACAUUUAUCAGCAUUUCUCCCUGCCCUCCCCUACUCCUGGUGGCUUUCAAGGUUUCUCUGGACAAGUUUAAUUAAGAAACUUCAAAGAACAAUAUCUGUUUUACUUUAUUUAAUGCAUCAGUUUAUCCCCACUGGUCUGAACCCCAG